UGGAUUCGCAAGUUAUGCAAAAAAACUAAUAGCUAUUAUGUCGCUUGUCGAGUUCAAAUCUAAUCAAACGAAUUAAAUUCUUUAACUCUAAUUAUUUAAUUUCAUACGAAGUUUAUGUCGAGUUUGCAAGCUUCUUAAAAAUUCACAGCAGAUCCGAAUAUGCUUGGCAAGCGUUACGACUUACGAGCAAGUUCGGUUGAGAAUGCGAUGAGUAUCCGCCCUCCCCCACGUGGAACUGACUCACAUUCCACACGACUCGCAGUGGUGAAUGGUAAUUGGGCCACGACCUUGUCCACCACCCGCCGCUUCUUCACCUUUCUACUGUUUUUGCUUGUCUCCGUUUGGUCCUACAACCUGCAUUCUUCGAAGCUCAACUGAAACUAAAUACUCCAUUGACCUUCGUCUCGUCUACAUAGCCAGAGCUUUCGUAGAUUCGUCUUCCUCUCCGUUGUGUGUUGACUUGGAAUAUACAGAUCCCACCAACGACGAAUCAGAAAAUGUUUGUACCAUUUAAAUAAUAAAAAUAAUAAUAGUAAAAACCGGCCCUGUCUGGGUAGGGUUUAAAGAGGAGUGGAGGUAGUAAAUCCAAAGAGAAAGAAGAAGAAGAAGAAGAAGAAAAGGCGAAAAGUGUUUGAAGGAAAAAGCAUGAGAGCGAGAUUGGUGGUGUUCCCGAUACGAGGGACGAACUGGUGCUUUAGCAGAUCCAUUGACAAUUCGGCUGCUUCUUUGGACUCGGCUUCUUCUCAAACACCGUCCACACUUAAAGAGCUAUGGCGAAAUAUCUCCUCCAAUGCCAAGCCCUUCAACGCCAAUGCCGAACUCCUCGUCGACUUCGUCUCUCUCAAGAUGAAUAGAGCCUGGAUUGGUCUUGAGAAGGCGCCUCCAGGAACUCUUAAGAACAAGAUUCAUGGGUUGGGACUGCGGCUUUUGGCGCGGGUUAAGCCCUCUGAGAUUUUCUUCAAGUCUAUAUCAAAGGAGGUUACAAAUGUUGAAGUUACCUACCCAUCAAGUUUAAGCCCACGACUUGUGCGUCGAAGAUUACGACAUAUUGCCAUGAGGGGAACUAUCAUCCACAAGAAGUACUUCUAUGGUUCGGUUUCGUUGCUUCCUCUGACAACUGCAUUUACAGUUUUACCUUUGCCUAACAUUCCAUUCUUUUGGGUUUUAUUCCGAACUUAUUCUCACUGGCGAGCUCUCCAGGGAAGUGAGAAGCUCCUUCAACUUGUCUCAGAUAGCUCUUCGACUCUGAACUCUACCACAGGGAAUGCAAAUGAAACCAAGCAUGAUGAUUCCAGGCAUGGAAUUCAUAAUUCAGCCAAACCUGCAUGGGUUUUGCAGCCAUCAAAGGUACUUGAGGAACUUCUUCGUCGUGGAGAUGGGCAUGAUGGUCUUAGUAAAUGUGCUAUUUCAGAUAUCUGCAAGGUCUGUGAUUUGAACACAAAUGAUGUUAUGAAGUACAGGGAUUCAAUGUAACUAAUUUUGUUGUAUCCUUUGCCAUCUCAAAUGUAACAUUAUUUACUGGAAUUGAAAUACCAUUUCAAUUUCUUUGCAUUUUUCUUAAUAUUGGUUUUAGAAUAACUGUGCCAUGUAUGGGAACCUUGAACAAUGGAACAUUGAAGAAAUUUUGAAUAUACAAGAAAUGCUUGGAUGAAAGCGUCCAACCACUCAAGGUUUUGUCCUGAUA